GGACAGAAGACAACAGGUGUCUGCACAUCUGUGACCCACUCAGUAACAGAGAUUUGAGGUUUACAUUUUAUGUAGCAAAUAUCUUAAUUUUGGGUUUAAAACUGUGUAUUUUAGUAUUGUACUUGCAUCAGAGCUCUGAUUAGAAGUGCUGAAGGAUCAGUUACCUGUCACCUGGUGAAUAUGUCAAACUGGUCAUCAUUCAUCCUGAAAAUGGUCUCGCUGCUCCUGCUGCUGGUGUACAGCACAGAUGCAAAAAUGGACAUCAUCACAAGCAAGCAAGACGUUCAAGUUGGAGAGGAGGUGUUAUUGUUAUGUAAAGCUGGAGGAGAGGGAGACAUUACCUGGCAGAAGGAUGGUGAGGAAAUUGAUAAUGAAGAUCUGGUGUCAAAGGUGGAUGAGACUUCCUCUAAAUUGCUUAUCAAGAAGGCAACAUUGUCAGAUGCGGGCAAGUACAUCUGUUUGUGUAACUUUGACUCCGGACACGAAGAUGAGACUCAGACAACUUUGUAUGUUUAUGAGGGACCAUCAUUUGGUGACACCCACACCUACCAUGAGUUUCUGGAAGGCGUGAAUGGGAUAGUGCCAUGCCUGGCAACUGGGAAGCCAAAGGUGGAUGUUCAGUGGUUAAGAGACAGACAAGAAAUUCCUUCUGAUGAGGGAAGGCGUGUCCAUAAGAUGUCUGAUAACGGACUCUUUAUUGAGAAAGUGAGGAGAGAGGAUGCUGGGACGUACAUCUGCCAUGCUAAGAUCACGGGAAGAACUAUCACUAAGGAUCUCGCUGUUUCUGUUGUUGUCAAUGUUCGUCCCACUGUGCGCCUGAGAGAGAUGGAAAAAAAAGUGAUUGCCGGGCCUGAAACCAAUGUCUCUUUGUUGUGUUUGGUAGAUGGUCUGCCAAAACCCAACAUCACCUGGACCAUGCCGGUAGCACUUGACCCCUCCCGUCACCACUUCAACUCAGACCGUAGCCAACUGACCAUACAAUCUGUGGUUCGGGCCGACUUUGGGGAGUACAUCUGCACUGCCACCAACAAGAUAUCUGAGAACACUGCUACCCUCACCCUUCAUGUGUUUGAGGCUCCAGAGGUGUUGUUGUCAGUUGAUAAGCUGUUUUUGUCGGUGGGCGAACGUGUAAAUGUGUCCUGCAAUGUGUCUGGCCACCCUCAGCCUGAGCUUUACUGGGUCAACAAGCAAAAUGGACAAAUAGUGGAUUCAACUUCUGGUCGUGUCCGUGUGUUGGAUGGCAUUUUGGAGAUUGAUGAGGUAGUGCCCUCUGAUGGUGGAUUGUACUCCUGCAUGGCUGUCGGCACUUCUGGAAAUGCAUCGAGAGAUGUUGCAAUAUAUACUGAGCCUGGCCCGCCUCACUACUUGUCAGUGUCUGCUGGUUCAACUUCCAUCUUCUUCUCACUCAAAACUCUCCCUGUCAGCGGGGGGACACCAAUCACAAGUUUUGUACUGCAGUGGAAAGAAGAUCCAGCAGAUCAGUGGAUGAAGACCACCAUCUCAUCUUCAGAUACCUUGGCUCUCACCAACCUCAAGCCUUAUACGACAUACACAGUACGCUUGGCAGCCUUGAACACUGUGGGACGGGGACAGUUUUCAGAUGCAGAGACCGUUCGCACUCAAGGAAUACAAGGAGAACCAGACAGCCCAAUUUUGUCCACAAGUGACAUGAAAGUGGAGGGCAACACCUUCUCCAUUCCUCUUAAACAGAGUGAUAAUGGUGGAUCUCCUCUGUUGCACUACAGCGUUCGAUACAAACAGGAUGCAGAAGAGACUGAGUGGAAAAAAAUGCAGCUGCAACCCGACACUGAUUCUAUCAUCCUAAAGGACCUCGCUUUUGGCUCAGAUUAUCAAAUGGAAAUUGCAGCAAUCAAUGCAAAUGGUUCUUCCUCUUAUGCCACAUUUAACUUCACCGUUGCAGAAAAGCCUGUGAGCAGCCCCCGUUUGACCAAAGGCACUGUGGUUGGCAUCGUCAUGGUGAUCUUCCUGCUGGUAUUCCUGGCUGUAGACGCCACCUGCUGCUAUAGAAAUCACUGUGGCCUGCUCAUGUCUAUUGCAGUGAAAGUGUUUGGAAAGAAAGUUCCAGGUCUCAAAAUGCUCGAGGAUGGAGAGGAAACUACUAAAGGAGAGGUAAAACUAAAGGGUAUAUCCACUUCAAGAGGCAGUAUCCAGCAGACGAUAGGUCAGACACCGUGCAAGGAGGCCAGUCAGCUCACAGAGGUCACCUGCGACAAAGCCCCGCUUACCAAACACGAGAAAACACAAGGUCCCGCUCCUGAUGCAUGAGGCCAAAAUCAGAAGGAAGAAAGAGUAAAAAUUACUGACAAUAAACUUUACAGUGAACAAGAGAAGAAGACCAACAAUCCCCGCUGAUACAGGAAAUGUCACGCAAACUGACACACUGUAGGGAAUGAGCUGAUUUAUCCAAAAGUGUGUUCAUACUGAGCAGAUCCAGCCCCCUGUAUGGUUGAACUGGGGAUGAUGUGAUCCCGCAUGCAGCUUCUUUAUUUCUUUUUCUUUUGUUUCGUAGGGUAUUGUUGAUGUGUACAUUACAGGGUAAAACUGUUGCUAUACAAUCUUUAAAAACUUUUUGUCUAAUAA